AUGGGUUCUGGAAACUUGUUGAAGACAAUAAUAAAUAUAGUUAAAGAUGACGGUUCAAAGCAAGUCAUUUCGAAUGGGAAGUAUCUUGAUUUAUGUCUUAGCAUUCUUGUCAGCAAUUUCACCCCUCCGCCUUAUUUCUUGGAUAAACUAAAACUGUCACACGGUCUUGAGAGGAAGGGCCAAGCUCUUUCUCGAGUACACUUGGCUUUCAAAAAGAUAGUUGAUUAUGUCCCUCUUACUCCCUUGAGAUUAUUGACUGUAGUUCUGCAAGGAAUGGCAACAAUUUAUCACAAGGACCGAGCGGUUGUGAUAUAUGUGGAGAACAUAUUAAAAUUAGAGAGAGGUGAAAUUGGAGAACUCGUUAGAAGCACAAUGCUUAUGGCUGUGGUGGACCGACUGAUAGAACUAGAUGGGGAGAUCAGAUGGGAUGCCAUUUUGCAAGAUGAUUUCAGGAAAUGCAUAUUUGAGAUGGAGCUUGAAGAUGUGGAUGACAUUGAGGAAAAUGAUGAGCCUGAGGUUGGAGAGUUUCGGUUAAGCCGUAAGAGUCUGGCUGGAAACAGCAUUGCUGAACUGCUAGAUAACCUACUGGUUUUAACUUUUGAACAUCUUGAAUCUUGUGAAAGGGAAGGCCUCUUAGCUAAGGUAUUUGAAACACUUCUCCAGUCAUUUCAGAUAACAGUUCUAAGUGCCUACAAGUCCAAAUUUUCUUAG